AAUCUGUAGCGAUUGUCCCGUCUUUCUUUCUCACACAACAGUUUGAAACUUUUAGCACCUCAAUGGCUUUCAUUUUUGCUAGUUGUCUUGGUUUGCUUAGUCUGUUUUUUCAGUGCUUCUAUGUCAUUCAUAUUUAUUCUGAAUCUUAUUUACCACCUGAUUUCAAUAAUAAUCAAACUGCCUUCCUCCAAUAUCUAGCUUCCGAAAAUUUGUCUCUUCGAUUGCCAGCUCUAUAUGUUUUUGGGGACUCGUAUAUAGAUGCUGGUAAUAACAAUUUUCUUGACACAAUAGCCAAAGCCAAUUUCUUACCAUAUGGUAUUGAUUUUGGAGGAGUGCCAACCGGUCGUGCCACCAACGGGAGAACCGUUGUGGAUUUUAUUGGUACAGGGAUUGUGAUUUUUUUGUAUUCCAUGCUACUUGUUGCUUACUUUAUAUUGGCAAAAAUAUGAUUUUUGGUUCAUGUUGUAUUUCUUGUAAGUUUGCUUUUCUCUGAUUUCUGAUAUUCACUUUUAAUGAUGAAGCUCAAGUUGCUGG